CCCUGGUCGUCAUUGGGUUAGCGCCAAUCUCCCUAUAAAUACAGGCAAAGAAAGCGAGGGUUAUGUUCAUUCAAUCCUUUGCCUUCUAUCCCGCGUAUCUGUCUAAUGUACCUAGCUUACAUAGUAAAGGUUAGGUUAGAGUUUUAAACGUUUGUAAUUUUAUUAUUUCAUAUUUAUUUUUAAGAAGUCAGUCCAUCAAACUAGUAACCAUGCUUAACGCACGCUCUCAGCUUUCCAAGAAGGACGAAAACAUUAUGUCCUCCGGGAUGAACAGCAUUUCUCUACAAGACAAGGAAAACACGCCCCCAAGUCUGAACAGCACCCGUAUCCUGGCUUCUAGAACCGCGCGUAAAAUAUUCGACGACGCUGAGCCCAAAAAGCCGGUGAAGAGUAACGCAGACGAGCCUCUCCUGAGGGACAACCCCAGGCGAUUCGUCAUUUUCCCCAUCCAGUACCACGAUAUCUGGCAAAUGUACAAGAAAGCAGAGGCCUCUUUCUGGACGGCCGAAGAGGUCGAUCUGUCGAAGGACCUGCAGCACUGGGAGUCGCUGAAGGACGAGGAGAAGUACUUUGUCUCCCACAUCCUGGCCUUCUUCGCGGCGAGCGAUGGCAUUGUCAAUGAGAACUUGGUGGAGCGCUUCAGCCAGGAAGUUCAGGUGACCGAGGCCCGCUGCUUCUACGGUUUCCAGAUCGCCAUGGAGAACAUCCACUCUGAGAUGUACAGCCUGCUCAUAGAUACCUACAUCAAGGACUCCGCUCAGAGGGAUUACCUUUUCAAUGCUAUCGAGACAUUACCCUGUGUCAAGAGGAAGGCAGACUGGGCCCUGAACUGGAUUGGAAACAAGAAUGCAGAGUUUGGUGAGCGAGUGGUCGCUUUCGCUGCUGUGGAAGGAAUCUUCUUCUCUGGCUCGUUCGCCUCCAUCUUCUGGCUGAAGAAGAGGGGGCUAAUGCCCGGUCUGACCUUCUCCAAUGAGCUCAUCAGCAGGGAUGAGGGACUUCACUGCGACUUCGCCUGCUUGAUGUUCAAACAUCUGGUAAACAAGCCUUCUGAGAAGACGGUUUCCAACCUCAUCAUGGAUGCAGUAGCUAUUGAGCAGGAGUUCCUGACCGUAGCCCUGCCAGUGAAGCUGAUUGGGAUGAACUGUGACAUGAUGAAGCAGUACAUUGAGUUUGUGGCGGACAGACUGAUGUUGGAGCUUGGAUUCAACAAGAUCUACAAGGUGGAGAACCCCUUCGACUUCAUGGAGAACAUCUCCCUGGAGGGGAAGACCAACUUCUUCGAGAAGCGUGUGGGAGAGUACCAAAGGAUGGGGGUCAUGUCGGGUGCAACGGACAACACUUUCAGACUAGACGCUGACUUCUAGGAAGCCCCGGAACAGAAAUAUUGAGAGUCUUGGGUCCACUGUACUUGAAAUGGAGCCCAUAACAUCAGUUAUGUUGGUGCACUUUAUGUGAUACUUUUUGAGUUUCUGCAAGCUGGCGGUUGUAUGCCAUGAACGGCUGCGCUUGGGGCGGAAGGCUAGUCGUGGUGCCUUGAACUCUAUAUUUUACCGAUCGGACCUCAUGGCUGUGCCAGGUUAAACUUGCAUUCUUGCAGCUACUACCCAUAAUUCUCCCCAUGUAAACUAGUUGUAUAGAUGAAUUAACUUGUGCAUUACUUUAGUGUUUUUUAUUUUUUCAAUUGUGAUUUCUUGCUGUACAGUUUUAUAUUUAUAAAGUUUUUCCAAUUUUAA